AUGGGUCUUGGUGGUAAGGAUAAUUCGCUGGGUAAUAUUGGUAAAAUUAUCCUCGACAACAUUAUCUCCGGAAAGUUCAGGCGAGAUGUAGACCCGUUCGUUCGUCCGGAACCAAGACCAGAUCGCACCGGUGGAAUCACGCCAAUACAGCCAAUUCCUUCUCAUGCACCGCUUGACUUCUAUGAAGAACGUGACAAAUGCCUGCAGGACAGUUCGUUGUUCUACAGCAAAAGUCCUCCGAAACGAAUUGAAUGGCUCAGGCCUGGUGAAAUUGUCCGUGAUCCACAGCUUAUCACUGAAGGCCAUUCGCGUUUCGAUGUGAUUCAAGGAGAACUCGGUGAUUGUUGGCUGCUUGCUGCCGCUGCUAACCUCACCCUCAAGGAUGAGCUGUUCUAUCGUGUUGUACCGCCAGAUCAGUCGUUCACUGAGAAUUAUGCAGGUAUUUUCCAUUUCCAAUUCUGGCAAUAUGGUAAAUGGGUGGAUGUGGUGGUUGAUGAUCGUCUACCAACAUCCAACGGCGAACUGUUGUACAUGCACUCUAAGAGUAACAACGAGUUCUGGAGUGCUCUUCUGGAGAAGGCUUACGCCAAGCUGUAUGGCUCCUAUGAAGCUCUUAAAGGCGGUACCACAUCAGAAGCGCUUGAGGACAUGACUGGUGGUCUCACAGAGUUCUUCGACCUCCUGCAACCACCAAGAAAUCUGAUGCAGAUGAUGAUGAGAGGAUUCGAGAUGGGUUCACUGUUUGGUUGUUCCAUCGAAGCUGAUCCCAACGUUUGGGAAGCUAAGCUGCCGAAUGGGCUUGUGAAGGGUCACGCGUAUUCGAUCACUGGAAUGCGUAUUGUGAAUGGGCCACGUGGCCAGGUGUGCCUGAUGAGAAUUCGAAAUCCAUGGGGAAAUGAACAAAAUAUUAAUUGGAGAAGAAGGUCUUCAAUUAAAAUUAAUCUUAGGAUGACGUUCGAGGAUUUUAUGAGGAACUUCGAGAAGAUGGAAAUUUGCAAUCUCGGACCCGAUGUCAUGGACGAAGUCUAUCAGAUGACCGGUGUGCGCACGGCUGGUAUGGUGUGGGCCACAAAUACCCAUGAUGGCGCAUGGAUCCGUAACCAGACCGCUGGUGGUUGCAGGAAUUACAUUAACACCUUUGCGAAUAACCCUCAGUAUCGUGUGCAGCUCACCGAUUCUGAUCCAGAUGACGAUGAUGAGUUGUGUACAGUGAUCUUCGCUGUAAUGCAGAAAUACAGAAGAAAUCUAAAGGCUCAGGGCCUUGAUAACGUCCCAAUUGGAUUCGCGGUCUACGAUGUGAGUACAUUCUGCUAUGGAUUUGAGUUUUUCUGA